UCACUUCACUCACACACUCCCUCACUUGGCAGUUGGCAUUCCUCACAAACUAACACCACCGCACAGGGGCAGAGUGGGCAAAACACCAAAAAGAAACUCUUCUUCGAAGGCCAACGCUCCGGCAGACUCCCACCCGACCAGCGCCUCCGAUGGCGCCACGACUCCGCAUUACACGACGGCGCCACCGCCGGAUUGGACUUGACUGGAGGGUACUACGACGCCGGGGACAACAUCAAGUUCGGGUUUCCAAUGGCGUUCACUACAACAAUGCUGGCGUGGAGCGUGAUAGACUUCGGGAGGAGCAUGGGGCCUGAGCUCGGGAACGCAUUGAAGGCGGUGAGGUGGGGAACGGACUACCUGCUGAAGGCAACGUCGAAGGUAGGGACCGGUGUGGUGUUCGUGCAGGUGGGAGACCCUCUCUCGGACCAUAACUGUUGGGAGAGGCCAGAGGACAUGGACACUCUCCGUACCGUUUACAAGGUGGAUGGGUCCCACCCUGGCUCUGACGUGGCAGGAGAAACGGCCGCUGCACUUGCCGCUGCCUCCAUCGUCUUUAGAUCACGUGAUCCCGCUUACUCUAGACUUCUCCUCAAUCGAGCCGUUACGGUGUUCCGGUUCGCUGACAGGCAUCGUGGUGCAUACAGUAACAGCCUAAAGAAAGCAGUCUGCCCAUUUUACUGUGACGUCAAUGGGUACCAGGACGAGCUGUUGUGGGCAGCAGCGUGGUUGCAUAAGGCGUCGCGUAGGCGUCAGUACAGGGAAUACAUUGUGAGGAACGAGGUGGUAUUGAGAGCUGGGGACACCAUUAAUGAGUUUGGUUGGGAUAACAAGCAUGCCGGGAUUAAUGUUCUCAUUUCCAAGGAGGUGUUGAUGGGAAGAGCAAACUAUUUUGCGUCGUUCAAGCAAAAUGCAGAUGGAUUUAUUUGUUCGAUAUUGCCCGGAAUUUCCCACCCUCAAGUUCAGUAUUCCCCAGGUGGUCUUAUUUUCAAGGCUGGAGGAAGCAACAUGCAGCAUGUAACGUCCCUCUCUUUUCUGCUCCUAGCCUAUUCUAACUACCUAAGCCACGCCAAUAAGAUUGUGCCAUGUGGCGAGACCACUGCCACGCCAGCUUUGCUCAAACACCUUGCUAAACGCCAGGUGGACUACAUUCUUGGGGAUAACCCAAUGGGAAUGUCGUACAUGGUUGGAUACGGUGCUCGCUACCCACAGAGGAUACAUCACCGGGCCAGCUCGCUCCCAUCGGUGGCGGUCCACCCAGCCCACAUUGGAUGCAAAGCUGGAUCUCGAUAUUUCCUUAGCCCAAAUCCCAACCCGAAUGUGUUGGUCGGAGCCGUGGUUGGUGGGCCUAACAACAACACAGAUGCUUUCCCGGACUCCAGGCCUUUCUAUCAGGAGACCGAGCCAACUACAUAUAUCAAUGCCCCUCUAGUGGGCCUGCUCGCUUUCUUUUCAGCCCACUCUUGAAUCUGUAAAAUGUAUUAUAUUUUAGUUUAUUGUUGCUAGGUGGUGCGCUUAUGGUCACCCUGCUUUGCUUCCUAAGGGUAAAAAAAGAAAAGAAAAAUCAAAAUGAAACGAAAUGGAGAAGAAUGCUUGUGUUAGUAAUAGUAUAUCCUGAUUGUGGUUGUUUCCUAUCCAUUAAGUGAAGUGAUAGUGCAAUCCGUAACUAGUCUAGAAGCUUUUAUGUAACCGGGACAAAGUCUAGAAAUUUGAAACUCUGCUCUUUUAAGGUUAAA